AUGUCGCUGCUCUCCGCCCACCUUGAGCAGAUUGCUUACUCCUGCGAGGGUAUCGACUCCCUUCCGUUCCCACCACCCAAAAUCUUUACCAACGCCCUCCUCUCCAACCACGAUAUCACGACCCUCCUCCGCGACACCGAGCCCCACGAGCGAGCCCUAUUUUCCGUACCCCCACCCGCCAGCACCGCCGGCGCGACAGAAGAUCCUCCCGUGCCUCCACCUCUGCCUCUGGUCACGACGGGCGGACCACCCACGCGCGCGUCGGCGCGGCGCAAUACGGCGGUGGCGGCCGUCCUGGGCGGAGCGAUGCACGAGAGGCUCCGACGGUCUGAGCUCUCGUCCAAGGACGACGUGGACGUCGAGGUGCUCCUGCGGGGCGCGGAGAAGCUGUGCGGGGUGUACGCGCUGCCCGGGGCGUCGCGGACGAUUGCGGAGCUGAGGGGCCGGGAGGCGGAUCUGGCGCGGACGACGGCGUACUAUGAGGCGAAAGUGGCGGAGCAGGCGGAGGCGCUGGCGGCGAUGAGUAAGGAUUGGAGGGGGAUGGGGGCUACGGAGACGAGGAGGAAGAGGAGGAAGAAGAGGAGGCGGAUGCUGCGGGGGUGA